AUGAGCGACUACGGUCCGGAGGUGCAGGUGAACGCCGCUUUGGCGUUCACAAGUCCAACAAACUUGACGACUAGGCGCUUUGGAGGUCGCCGUAUCAUAAUAAAACGCCUAACCUCACCAGCGCCGAGAAAUGUAACUGUGAAAAGAGCUCAAAAAGGGCAAAUCGAGCAGCACGCUUUGAACGAGGCAUUCUCGGGUCUAUCCAAAGAAGCCAGCCACCGAAAUGAAGCUAGAGAUAAUACACAAGGGAUCAACUUGCACGGUAGAGUAAGUCAAGUUGCAUUAUCCUCAAAGAUAGCAAUGGGUGCGAAAACGCAAGCGACGCAAUUCAGUGAUGUGUUGCAGAACGAGGCUCUCGAUCAAAUGCAAGAAAAUCCCUUGCCUAUCUUCAUGAAGACACAGCCAUCUCAGAUUCAAGCAUUGUCUGCUCGUCGUGACAAUUCGUCCAAGCCUAGUGGUCGGAGGGAAAAUCGACCCGCCAGUAUCGAUCCUAGAUUUUCGAUAUCCGAAGACUCAAGCGGCGAGGAUGACGAUAAAACUGAUGUCGAUUUUACCAGUGCGGAUGAAGAGGCUAGUUUUACUACCAGCGAGGAAAGUAGCUUCUACUCUCACGAACAAGAUGUUUGGGGUAACAGCCGUGAUAUUCUCGACGAAAUUGAAGAGGCAAUGCGCUUGCGGCGUAUUUUUGGGCAUGGCAAGACGAAAGACUCAGAAAAAGCGGCCUCUACGACACUCUCCAACUUCCUUCCAGAAGAACGGUUAAACGGUUACCUUCUCAAGCUUCGCAUCAAGCGCACAAAUGCUGCCUCCCAAAUCCAGCGUUUUCUUCGAGGUUGUAUAGUUCGAGCCCGUGUCAAACAGGCUGUGUGCGAUUUGAUGAACGAAUCUUUUCUUCGAAUGGGGCUUCCAUCGAGUCCAGACCGUCGAGCGGUUGUCCAGCGGUCGCAGAAAGGAAAUAACCUCGCAUUUCGCUCUCUUUACCAAAAACGGAAUCUCGCUUUGUUAGCGGCUGUCCAGCAGUUCCGGCGAGUCGUGGAGAAAGCGGAAAGAAAAAUCGAUGCAUUUUUGUGCUUCGAAUCAUACAUUGCAAAAACCAAAGAGAGAGCUGAAUUCGCUAGAGAGGUGCUAGUCUAUCAAAGUGCCUUAAAGAUUCAGGCGACCUGGUGUAAUUUUAAUGAACGGAAAAGAAUUGCAGUGGGUGGUAGAGCACUUCUUCGCCUUCAAGCACACAUUCGCGGUACCAUGGAGCGCUUGAAGUAUCGCCAGGUAAUGCACUCCGUUCGUCGCAUACAGUGUAUGUACAGAGAUCGUCUGCUAAAAGAGACCAUGGGGCGCAUGAACGACCGGAUCUGCGAAGGGGUCAGCGGAGAACGAAAGGCAAUGGCAUCCUGGAAAAUUCAGCACUUCUUGCGACGGGUUUGGAUGCAGCGACUCGUUCGUCGUAUGCGAUUCCGUCAGUCGAUGGGGCACGACUUGGCCACGCGUCGUCUUACAGCUACUAGAAUGGUAUGGCAAGCAAUUCUUGGAUGGGCAUUGAAGUGGAAAUUUCAACGACUUGUUCGAAAUACAGUCAGGAUGCAAGCAGCUAUACGCCGCGAGUCGUCAGUCCGCACUUAUCGGAAAGCAGUUGCGGCUCGGCGCAUUCUGCGAUUCAGUCGUAGCAUUCAACUUCAAGUCGCAAUUCGUCGCUUUCUCAUUCGACUCUCUUUUGGCGAUGACUUAAACACCCGCCAUCGCAAUGCGGCCAUUGUUGUGCAGCGUAUUUUUCGCGGAUGGUAUGUAACGAACAUGUAUCGCCAGAUUCUACAAUCGAUUCUAUCAGUGCAAACUGUUGCUCGCCGAUAUCUUGCCUCGAGUUCCCUUGGCGUGGCUAUUCAAGCCUGCUGCACUGUUCAAUCAGCAUAUCGUCGCUACAUCGAAAGACAGCGAUCAGCUGUAGUAAUUCAAGCAGCGUGUCGUCGGUAUUCUUCGGUCCAACUUCUCUGUGCAGCGCUCCGUGCUUGCCGAAUUAUUCAAUGGCACUGGCAUCACCGAAUAAUAUGCCAACGAUCAGCGAUUGUGGUGCAAAAUGCCUAUCGCAGUCUGGCUUCAAUACAUGCUGCGUCAACGGUCUGCAAAAAUUUUGCAGUCUACUUGCCGACGCUUCGUAUCGGUCCUCAGGGUUCGUGCCUUAACGUAUUCUUGUUGGAAAAUCCAAUUGAGUUGGCGGCGCUACUCUCUUCGCAAAAGGUCCGCAACUGUACUACAAAGAGCCACCCGUCGCCAUGUUGCAAUCUAUCAUUUUCGUACAGCAAAGGAGGCAAGUCGAACCAUACAAGGAGUCUGGCGCUGUUUUCAGAGCCUGCUGCGAUUGGAGGUAAUCCUAAACGAUUCUUGUCGGAUGAUUCAAACAAUGAUACGGAGGAAACUUGCAAGACGUAUCGGAAAGUGCUUCAUGGAGUUCGAACAGUCCAAGCUAUAUGGCACGAUUACUAUUACAUGGGUUGGCGCGCCCAUCGUUUGAGGACAAUGAUCAAGUUUCAAAAUUUGAGGAGAGCACCCAAAGCUGUGCUCCCCCGUAGGUCUAGCCCUUCGCAGCAAGGCGUUUUGGACUACUCUACAGUCGCUGAUAUCUUUUCUGGGGAAGAAGAGGAUAUCCAAGCGAUUCGUAUAGUAGCUUCUGAAUAAAGGCUCGAACCUUGCCUGAGCACCUUAAGGAGAACUUUCCAAAUUCCAUCGUUCCAAGAACCGAUCGUGCGCACUUCAAUGAAUGUAAAUGCAAGACGAAAAUCGCUAUUUCGGUCUGAACGACAUGAAAAAUCGCUGUUUCGGCCGAAUCUGAAAAUUUUUAAGUACUUUAGAUUGACCGCGAAAUGGCUGUUAAGUAAAAAUAGCAAUUAGAAAAUAAUCCAAUGCUCGGUG